UGAAGAAGUGUGAGGGAGGGAAGUGGAUCUGGAUGUUCAGCAAACCCAAAUCCAUGUAGGAAUCCAGGGAUGCCCAUCAGGAGACUCUGGUUAUGGGGUGUCUUUUCCACAAAAUUGUGGUCAAAAUCUAUGGGGAAUGUGGUUCCAUGGAACUGUGGGGGGUUCCUCCAUCAAAAUCCUGGAUUUUCUGGGGAAGAGCACUUCAGCAGUGCAUUGGUUUUUUGGGAUGCUCGAGCAGCACUUGGAUCCCACUGGAAUUUCCUCUUUGAGCAUUUUCCUGGGGUGGCAGAGUGGGAGCAAUUCCUGUGGGUCCAUCAGGGGAGAUUUGGGGUCAGAUCCCUGGAAUUGAGGACUCUGGGAGCUCUCCCAAUUCCUGUGGCUCCUUCCAAGGCUGGGAAUUUUAUCCAGAGCCUCUCCCAGAGCCCUCAGCUCCCAGGAUUUGCUCGGCCAUCCCUGAGGGUUCUCCUUUGGAAUUUUGGGGCUGCUGUGCCCUGGCUGUGACAUCAGAGCUGCUCUCAUGGGAACAGCCCCAGGGCCUGGUGUGGGCACAGAGUGACCAGAGCCAAACCAGCUCAGACUGCCCUGAAUUCCCAUGGAUCAGCCCAAAUAGAGUUGUGCCUCCGGCUCCACACCUGGGAGGAUUUUCCCAGGUGGAAGGAUUAGCUCUGGUGGGAUGUCAGAGACAUCCCGAAGAACCUGGAAGAUUCACGGGAUGAUUCCGGGGGGUUGGGAGCGCUGAACCCCGACACGAAAACAAAGCCCUGGAGAUGGAGCAGAAGCGGAUGGCGGUGAUGCUGCUGUGCGCCCUGUGCGUUCCGGCAGCGCUGCCCUCGGGAUCGGGGCUGAGAUUGAGAUCGGGAUUGGAGCCUCCCUUGGGAUCAGAGCCUCUCUCAGAAUCGGACUCGGAGCCUCCCUCAGGAUUGGAGCUUCCCUCGGGACCAGGAUCGGAGCUUCCCUCGGGAUCUGAGCUUCAAUCGGGAUCGGGAUUAGACUCAGAGCCUCCCUCAGGAUCGGAGCCUUCCUUGGAAUCUGAGCUUCCCUCAGAAUCUGAGCUUCCCUUGGGAUCUGAGCUUCCCUUGGGAUCGGAAUCGGACUCAGAGCCUCCCUCGGGAUCGGUGUCCUUCCCGCUGGGGCUGAAGGCGGUGGUGUUGGUGAACUCCACGGCCUGCUCCGUCACCUGCGGGCUGGGUGUGAAGGAGGAGCAGCGCUGCCAGGUGACCCCGUCGGGGGAGCUGCGCAACUGCUCCCUGCUGCGCUCCCGCUGCCUCAGCGACUGGCUCUGCGGCCUCCAGCACCUCAGCGUUCCCCAGGGAAAGCCCUUCCAGCUCGUCUGCCUCUCCCCGGAGGCCGCCAGCCUGGAGGGACAGAAUUUUGGCUACACCUGGAGGUUCUCCCAGGGGCUCAUCACCACCAACGACCUGCUGUUCCAUCCCCUCCGCAAUCCCAGCCCUCGGCUGCGCCUCUCGCCCGCGCUGGAGUCGCACUCGGGCACCUAUCGCUGCGACGUGCAGGUGCUGAGCUCCUUCCAGAUCGUCAAGAGGAUUUACUUCGGCCUCAGGGUGAUCCCCGGCGAUCUGGUGGGUCUGGACUUCGAGAAAUCCCUGACGUGGGAGCAGCAGCUGGCGGCCAACGGGGAGGAGCCGCCGGGGAACGGCAGCGGCCCCGCGGAGCAGGAGGAGCAGCAGAUGUUUUUUUGGGGGAGGCUGUGGGUUUACGAGGUGACGCUGGGGCUGGGCAGCGGCAUCAUCGUGGGGAUCCUGUUCAGCAUCGCGCUCUGCUGCCUCAGCAGGGUUUGCAGGAAGAGAGCAGCGGGGGAAAUGAACUGAGAUUGGCGCAGUUCCCUGGCUUUGGCUCUUUAUUAGGAACUCGGGGUGGGAUUUUGGUGAUCCUCCCCUUCCGGCUCAGGGUGUUCCAUGGAUCCCGUAACUAUUUAAUGGGAUAUUUAUUUUCAACAGUCACAGUUUAUAAAUGAGUGUUUUUGGCCACUUU